AAAACAGGAAGAGCACGCGCAGGUUAAAGGUGAAUUUACUAUUUUGUAAACAUCGAUCCCAACAAAGUGCGUGAAGCAACAAACAACAUGAGUGGUGAUGGAGACAUUUCAUCUGUCAUGGGAUUCUCUGGUUUUGGUAAGAAGGCCCGUACAUUUGACUUGGAGGCUAUUUUUGAACAGACCCGGCGAACAGCCAUUGAGAGAAGCCAGCAUAUAUUAGAGGAGAGGGCUGAAGGAGACUCAACGUUGGAGGAAGGAGGGGAGAGCUCCAAUUCAAUCACCUCAUCUGGACAUCUCCCAAGGAAAAAGCUGCAGCGGCUCCUUCCAGGAAGGAUGAGAUUGACAGCAGGCAGCAGUGAGAGCAGCUCAGAUUCAGAGCUCGUUGGUCCCCAGUUCCUGCUCAGUUUCUGUCCCAGCCGCGUGAUGAUUUGAGAUGAUGAUGAUGGUGAUGAUGAGCUGGUUGGUCCACCUCUUCCUCCAGUUACACAGCAGCACAGCUCACAGUGAGAGAUGAUGGGAGGUGAGCAAGAUGAGGACGAUGAUAAUCCAGUAAAGAAGAUUCCAGACACUCAUGAGAUCACCCUGCAACACGGCACAAAGACCGUAUCGGCGCUUGGCUUAGACCCCUCUGGAGCUCGUCUGGUGAGUGGCGGAUACGAUUACGAUGUGCGUUUCUGGGAUUUUGCGGGGAUGGACCAAGCUCUGCAGGCCUUCAGAUCCCUCCAGCCCUGUGAAUGCCACCAGAUCAAGUCCCUGCAGUACAGCAUCACUGGUGAUGUCAUCUUGGUGGUGUCUGGUAAUGCACAGGCCAAGGUUUUGGACCGGGAUGGUUUCAAUGUGAUGGAGUGUGUGAAGGGAGACCAGUACAUUGUGGACAUGGCCAACACUAAGGGCCACACGGCCAUGCUGAAUGAUGGCUGCUGGCAUCCCAAGAUUAAAGGAGAGUUCAUGACCUGUUCUAAUGAUGGGACCGUGCGCACAUGGGAUGUGAACUCGGAGAAGAAUCACAAAUCUGUGUUCAAACCUCGCUCCCUCCAGGGGAAAAAGGUCACACCCACGUGCUGCACCUACAGCCGCGAUGGAAAGCUCAUUGCAGCUGGUUGCCAGGAUGGCAGCAUCCAGAUCUGGGACAGAAACCUCAGUGUCCACACUAAAUUUCACUGCCGUCAGGCCCACACUCUCGGAUCAGACCCGUCUUGCCUCGCAUUUUCCUACGAUGGCCUGGCUUUAGCUUCACGUGGGGGUGACGACACUUUGAAAUUGUGGGAUAUACGCAACUUCAAAAAGCCUGUUAAUGAAGCUAGCGGACUGACCAACUACUUCACUAUGACUGACUGCUGUUUCAGCCCAGAUGACAAGCUUCUUGUGACGGGGACUUCAGUGAAAAAAGACGAGGGAAAUGGAAAGCUGGUUUUCUUUGACCGCACAUCCUUUCAGAGAGUCUACGAAAUAGAAGUCACCAAUGCAAGCGUGGUCCGCUGCCUGUGGCACCCCAAGCUCAAUCAGAUAAUGGUGGGAACUGGAAAUGGACUAGUCAAAGUCUACUAUGACCCAGUUAAAAGCCACAGGGGCGCUAAGCUGUGUGUAGUGAAGAACAAGCGGAAAGAGAAGCAUGCGGAGUUGCUAACACAAGAUUACAUCAUCACGCCUCACGCCCUGCCCAUGUUCAGAGAGGCUCGUCAGCGUAGUACACGCAAGCAGCUGGAAAAGGACCGGCUCGACCCCAAGAAGUCCCACAAGCCUGAACCUCCUGUUUCCGGACCAGGUCGGGGCGGUAGAGUGGCAGCUCACGGUGGCACUUUGUCUUCAUUCAUUGUGAAGAACAUCGCUUUAGAUAAAACAGAUGACAGCAACCCCCGCGAAGCCAUCUUACGUCACGCCAAGGAGGCCUCGGAGAACCCGUACUGGGUCGCACCAGCAUACAAAAGCACACAACCAGAAACCUUGUUUGCUGAGGAUUCAGAAGAGGAUGAGGAGGCUGACAAGGAACCAGAGUGGAAGAAACGCAAAAUCUGAGCAGUUCACACAAAGGCUGUGGGUCAACAGGAUCAAUCCCGUCGUGCUCAAAUAAUCAGUCAUUUCUGACAGUCCUGCUUCCUGUGAAGUCUCCUCAGCUUGUGUGUAUGUUUGUGUUUGUAUGUUAGUCUGCCGUUGUAAACUUUGCAUCAUUUUGUCUGAAUUUACAGUAUUUUCUUCACUUUUAAAUUUAAGAGUGUUUCACUCUGUUUUGACUAUAUAUUCUUCAUCUUCAUCAUUUCCAUUGUCCUCUCCUCCCCACAUUUCCAGUUUGCUUAAUGCCUCCUAAAUCGGCUCCAGAUUUUGUGGUCUGGUGCCGUUUAUCUUCGAAGAACGCUUCACAAGUUUGUAGAACUAAAAUAAUCGAGAAGCACAAAUGUUACAACCAGUUUUAUUUUGGAAUGUUUUCUCCACAGCUUUGAUGUGUUUUUAUGAGCGAUGCACACAACGUGUGCAGUCAUACGCAGAUUUAGAUGUUUUCUUCUGACUAUUAAAAUAAUUUGUUUUACCUUCACAAACUCUGCUGAAUAUCUCGAUGCUCUGACUAGUCCUCAAACUCCAUGAUUUUUUUUUUUUAAUGUACUCGAUGUACAGCCAGUUGUCACUACUGUUUUUUUUUUGUUUUUUUUUACACAUUGCUUCAUACAUUAUAAAUUAAAGGUGUGGGGGAGUGUAUUUUCUUCAUAGUUUAAAUUGCAGUAAAUUACUGCACAUGUUGGAUUUUCUUUAAAGGUUGUGUGAAGUUAUUUGGAAUUUCUUUCCAUUUGUUUCAGCAUCACAUCACUUUAUGGUUCAUAGCCAGUUUUUUUUUUCUUCUUGCAUAAUGAACUAAACAUUUUGGCUGCCUGUGAUCAGUGAAUUGUGUCUAACUUACCCGGUGUUUUUGCAAGUCAGUGAUAAAAUAUUUAAGCAAC